AGCCACUAACAGGAUGCACGGAGGGCCUCGGCCAUGUCACUGUCACAGUGUUUACCACAGGCUGCUGCUUCAUGGGGCCACCCCUUUACCCCUCAAGAAAGGGGUUUCCUGAAGCUGCAAGCCAUCACGUUAGAUAAGUGUGGACAGAACAUCAAGAGCUACAGCUUCUGAGACCGAAACACGUCUGGAACCAUGAGGAGAAGACAUCUACCUGUCACCUUGUGCACGUUCGUCAUCUUGCUCUGCUCUGCUGUAAAAUACAAAGUUACAGAAGAAGACCUCAUCCUCUUAUCUGGAGACCAUGACGUCCCUCAUUGUUUCUCCAGAAACCUGGAAUCUGUCACCUGUUACUGGGGGGCUGAGGAGCUGCUGACAGAUGCUGAGGAGCUGCUGACAGAUGCUGAUGCAAGAAGGGAAGAUGCCCCCUAUAGAUUUCAUUACAGCUAUGAUAAACUUGUUUUCAUUCCCCACAGGGAAUCGGAGAAGGACUGUGAGCUCUCGGUACAGACGGGUCCUGGUCGUCGCACCCUCUACGUCUGCGAGGAUGACGAGGUCGUCCUGUUCAAUGACCUUAAUGUUUGUGUGAAGGACAAGAUGACAAACCAGACUCUGCGCAGCCGCACAUUCGAAUUAGAGCUUUUUGCGAUAUUACCGCCUCCGCAGGACAUAAAGGUCGUGUGGGAAGAAAGUACUGAACGGUUCCGAGUCACCUGGAAACCUCCGGAUAUGGAUAUGAACUUUAUGUUCAAAUACGAGGUCCAGUUCUGGUCGACUGAGGAGCAGCACGAGUCUGUGAUAGCAGAGGAGAUGAAGGAGGUUCUGCUCCCGCACCUCAGGCCCAUUCAGCUCUACCACCUCCGGGUCCGCACAUCAUGGAAGGCGGAGAAGCCAUCACUAUGGGGUCCCUGGUCCGGGGCUGUCACCUUCAAUGGUCUGGAGUUUGCAGAAAACAUUGGGCUCCACUGCUUCACCUCUGACCUCUCUCAGGUCUGCUGCAAGUGGGAUGAAAAGAUGGACGCCUCUUUCCUCCAGGUGCACUAUAGAUAUGGACAAGAGAGCACCUCCACAUGGCAGCCGUGCGAGGACUCUGCACAUCCGAGGGACUGUCACUGUGUGUUCCCAUCAAGAAACGACAGGUCCAUGUCUGUGACACUGAAAGUAACAUUUGUGGAUGGGAAGGAAGACUUAUAUUAUCAUAAGCCCUUCUGGAUCAACCAUGUAGUGCUCCCACCAGCCCCAGAGCUGCACAUCCAUCGACUGCCUGGGAACAAGCUGGCUCUUAACUGGACAAGUCCAAUCCCAGGUCUCGGAAAACACCUGAUCUAUCAGAUCCGCUUUUCAAUUGACAAUGAGAAGUCCUGGACGACUCUGCAGGUCCCGUCUGGUGUUAACAGCAAGCUGAUGUCCAUGGUCUCUGAUACAAGCUAUACCCUGCAAAUCAGAGCAAGUCCCAACCAAAAGGAAAUCCAAGGAUCCUGGAGCCAGUGGUCUGCAAGAGUCUCCACCAAAUCUCCUUCCAGUAUUGCCUGGGUGACUCCAGUGAUCAUCAUUUCCAUUCUCAUUUUCCUGGCUGCUGUACUUUGCCUGCCUUGUGUCUUCCCCUCACUUUACAGGAAGCUGAAAGACAAGUUGUGGCCUCCUUUACCGAAUCUUCACCGAGUGCUGGACACAUUCCUGGCUGAGAUCCAGAAACAGUAUCAGCCUGAUUCUACUCCGUAUCAGAAGCCUCUAGAGGAAGCAGCGCAACCGUCACGUUUGGAGAUCCUCUGUGAACUGACACUAACCAGUGAAGGUCAGCAGGUAUCCCGGGACUAUGUUCAGCUGGCUCCACUGAGCUACCAGAAUGAGGAAUACUGGCCAAACCUGGAGCCUCUGGAGGUGAAUCCAGACCUCAGCGCCAAUAGUCAGCCUCCCAGUGGCCUCACCAACAAGACGUACCUGCCCACUGUCUGGAGCUCGCUGUGAUGAUGACAAAGGCACAUUGACAUGAACACUGUAUAGGAAGAAGAUAUCCGUCCUGAAAACAUUGGAUAUGAAUUUAGCGAUCACUAUGGAUCCAUUCUCAUUGGGGCAAAUCUUUAAAAAUUGCCACAGUUUUUUGGAGGAGACGUGGAGCAGAGCAGUAAUCUCCAACCUGUGACUGAAACUGACACUCCUAGUGUCCGCUGACAGUUAUAGGUUAUCAAGGCAUGCUGGGAGUUGUAGUUUUGCAACC